UUUAAGCUACUUUGAACCUAUACCAUACCCUUCUCUUUGCACUUUCUAUGGAAAACAACACCAACUCACGCUCCUCUAUAUGCUGGAAAAUCCGUCGAGCACUUGCAACCAAUCCUGCUUUCAGAGCCAUUCAUCGCAUCAAACACUAUUACCGAGAGCCUGGAACUGUCACCCCUCAUGCAAAUUCUCCAUCUUUACCACUAUCCACUCAUUUCCCUCAAAAUAUGAAGGCUAAGAAAACCCAAGGAGAAGGAACAAUCCCGAUCAAGUUUGAUAACUCAAUCCCCACAUCUUCCCCUCAAGUUGGAAUAUCACAAGCGGUUGCCAAGGUUCAACCUGAACCAAGGUAUGGUGUAUCAAAAGGUGAAGGCAAAGAUACCACAGGCCAUUUGAAGGAACAGCAACAAGGUAAGAAAACCCUAGAUAUCAAUGACACUUUCUCUGAGUAUAUUGAACGUGCUAAGUACAGAAUCAGAAGCGCGUCAAACGUGGGUAGGGGGCAAAGUAAAUCUGCACCAGUUGAGCAUAGUGGGAAUAGUAACAGGUUGGAAAGCCAUAAAGAGCAUCUUUCAGAUUUUAUUCAGCAUGCUAAGAAGAUGAGAACUACGUCGAGCGUUGGAAAGACUAGUUCGUUGAAAAGAGGGUAUACUAAGAGUUGAGAUGCUGAACAUGGAACCUGCGGGGAGAUUGGCAAACAAUGUUCAUCGAUAAGAAAUAAUGCUUUGUGACUUUAUGUUGUUGAAUGUGUUCGUUGGCAAAAACAUAUUUAAUUUCUUAUACUGUGUAUAUCUUAUUGAAAUUGGAGAGUACGAUGGUACCUACCAUAAGGAGAAUAAUUUUUUGUUUAA